AUUUUUCUUAUUUAUUUAUUUAUUUUUAUUUUUUUCCUUGAGGGUGGAGAGGGCAAGGGGGGGAGACAGAGCGACGACAACUCCUAGGUGACCACGACGUUUUUUCGCGGCGUGAAAAACCAAUCUGUAGCUGUGACUUGCUACAGCGACAGGAGGACAGGAAAAAACAAAGAACAGUGCUUCAUUUAUAUAUAUUUUUAUUAUUUUUUUUCAGUUUGGUUUGUUUUUUUCUUUUUUUGCAAGAAAAUCCUGGAAGAACAGCCGGAAAACUGUGCACAGGCAGGGGCUGAGCAAAGGCACCUGGCAGAGCAGGGAAGACAACAGGAUUAAAUGCUGGUGUUAAUAAAAAAAAUAGAAAUAGCUAAAUUAAUUAAUCAAUUAAACACUUAGCUGUUUCAAGCAUGUGCCUUUUUUACUGGAAUCGCAACGAAGCAGUGCCUUGUAUCCAUCAAAGGGAUUUUAUCUGGGCUCGCACCAGGAUGGGGAAAAACACUAAAAGACACAAAACCACAUUUUUUUUUGGCCAUGAGAUAGCGCAAGACCCGAGCCUCUGCCCCUAUCUUCUCAUUAGGGAUGUAAUUUACAGGACGGGCUGUGAGCCUGGGGGAGGCAGGAGGAUCUUGUGCCCCUCACCCGGGCACCAGGCGAGGGUGUUGGUGACCCCAAAAACUUUCAGGGCAUUGAACGGCCGUGAGCUGUGGCAGGAAGCUCCGGCCCCGCUGCUGGUUCGCACUUCACCGUGCAGCUCUGAGCAUUUUGGUUUCCUGUCCUCCGGACCCAUUGUGUCCCUCCACCUGCUGUGUGUCCUCCUGCCAUGGAGGAUGAGGAUGGCUACAUGGCCUUGGACAGGCGAUGCAAGCGGGAUGCUGCGGAGAGGCCGGGACCCCUCCGGGACGCAGGCCCUGCCACGAGGGACCCCGAGCCAGGCUUCGCCCCCCGGUGGAUUCGCACCCCCAUGCGAUCCCCCCGCUGCCUCGGGGCCCUGGUGGCUGUUCUGCUGCUGUCCUUUGCGAUAUGCGUGUCUUGGCUGCUGGUGGAGAGGCACCAGGGGGCUGUGGGGUGCGGGAACGCGUCGCAGGGACAAAGUUUUGCCACCCUGGGCUGCACCCACCUGGGGCUGAGGACGAGCUUGUGCCCCCCCGGAGACGGUGGGGGCUGCGAGCUGUGUCCUGUGGGGUGGACGCUGCACAGGAGGAAGUGUUUUUGGGUCACCAGCAAGAGCAGCUCCUGGAGGGAGAGCCGGGAGAAUUGCAGCCAUCAGAGAGCCCAGCUGCUGGUGCCAGAGGACCAGGGCGAGCUGGACUUCCUAAAUCGAGUCAUACAGAAACCCACACGCUACUUCUGGAUCGGCCUCUCCCAGCCCUCUGUGGGGAUGGCUUGGACCUGGCUGGAUGGCUCCCGCCUGGACCAGAGCCGGUUCAACCUGAGCACCCCGAACGCCAGCGGAGCCUGCGGGGCGCUGAGGGAGGACAGGAUCAUCUCGGAAACCUGCGGCUCCGCCUUGGCGUGGAUCUGCCAGAAAGAGGCCGUCCUGCUCUGAGCAACUUGGGAAAAAAAUAUAAAAAAAAUAAAAAAAAAAAAAAAAACACAUUUCUUUCAAAAUAAAGUCCCUUCUCACCCCUG